AUGCUCAAGUCGGGCACGUUUGCUGUACGCUUUGUGAAACAGAGUUUGGUCGGUGGGAACGGUUUACGCACAAGCACAGUCCCAACGCAACGCUGGUUCAGUGAUGAUCACGGCAAGGGAAAUGUAGGCACAGUCGGUGCGGAUGUUGCCCCGAACCAGGAACUACAGCUGACGUAUCUCACCGAGGAGGACAAACAGGGGAUUGCGGUGCUGGGACUAAAUCGCCCAAAGGCACGCAAUUCCUUCAGCAAAUCACUCGUCAACCAUCUGCUGGAAGCGAUCGAUGUGCUCGCGCACGAUAAGAACGUGCGUGUGGUGAUCCUGCGCAGCUUGGUGCCGGGAAUAUUCUGUGCCGGGGCGGACUUAAAAGAACGAGCCACAUUUACACCGCAAGAAGUUAGCCGGUUCGUGUCGAAGUUGCGCCAAAUGAUGGUAAACAUCGAGCAAAUGCCUACGCCGGUUGUGGCCGCGAUCGAUGGAGCCGCCCUCGGCGGUGGACUCGAGAUGGCACUCGCUUGCGACAUGCGCGUAGUGGCCACCAACGCAAAGCUCGGACUGGUAGAAACGAAACUUGGCAUCAUUCCAGGUGCCGGCGGUACACAACGUCUGCCGCGCAUCCUUAAUCCAGCCGUAGCAAAGGAACUGAUCUUUACCGCAAGGCAGUUUAGUGGUGAAGAAGCGAAAGCUCUCGGCAUCGUCAACCAUGCCGUGCAGCCGAACGAAACCGGAGACGCUGCUUACCAGCGUGCGCUUAGCCUUGCGAUGGAGAUCGUCCCGAACGGACCGGUCGGUGUUCGGAUGGCCAAGAAAGCGAUCGAUAAGGGCCUGCAGGUCGACAUUGGAACGGGGUAUGCGAUCGAGGAAGCGUGCUACGCACAGGUCAUUCCGACGAAGGAUCGUCUCGAAGGUUUGCGAGCAUUUGCCGAGAAAAGGAAGCCUAACUUUAUUGGAGAGUAA